ACUGUCCGAAGUCCCAGGGGCAGGGGUAACAGUCAGAUGGACUUAGACAUCAGGACUGGCUCUUGCCUGGGUCAGCCCCUCCCUGUCACCACCUGCCCACUCCUCCUGGCUUUAACUCUCCUUCCCUUUGGGAGCCGGAGUCACUCUACCUUUAACAGGAGUCUGCAUCUUAGCGCAAACCCGAGGUCCAGCCUGCACUCAGCCCCAUAUCUGUGUCCAGCCCGUGGGGCCCAGCAUGGAGAAGGACUUCCAGGACAUCCAGCAGCUGGACUUCGAGGAAAACGACCAUCAGCUUGGUGGAGAUGAGGAGCAAGGCGCUCAUGCACCGAAGCCCAGGACAGAGCAUCCAUUCUGGAAAGGGCAGCCCCCCCUCGGGCCCCCUCCUCGGCGCCUCUGUUCCACGCUCCACCUCAGCCUGCUUGCCCUGGCCCUCAACGUCCUCCUGCUGGUGGCCGUCUGUGUGAUUUCAUCCCAAAGCUUGCAGCUGCAGCAGGAGUUCUGGACCCUGAGAGAGACUUUCAGCAACUUCUCCUCCAGCCUGCUGAUGGAGUUCAGCGCUCUGGACUUCCACGCAGGCGGCAGAGACAACAAGCUGACCGCGUGGGCGGCCACGGCGGACAAGCAGCAGCAGGACUUGAAGGCAGAGCACUCCACGUUGCUCCUUCACCUGAAGCACUUCCCCCCGGACCUGCGGGUCCUGACCUGUCAGCUGGCCUUCCGGCAGAGCAACGGCACCCAGUGCUGCCCGGUCAACUGGGUGGAGCACGGGGGCAGCUGCUACUGGUUUUCCCGGGGCGGGCUCACCUGGGCCGAGGCUGAGGCCUACUGCCGCCUGGAGAAUGCGCACCUGCUGGUCAUCAACUCUUGGGAGGAGCAGAAAUUCGUGGCGAAGCGCACAGGCUCAUUCCACGUCUGGAUAGGCCUCACGGACCGCAAUGGCUCCUGGAAAUGGGUGGACGGGACGGAAUACAGGAGCAGCUACAAGAACUGGGCCAUCACCCAGCCAGACAACUGGCAGGGGCAUGAAGAAGGUGGCAGUGAAGACUGUGCCGAAAUCUUGCCGAGUGGCUACUGGAAUGACAACUUUUGCGAGCAGGUGAACCGCUGGGCAUGUGAGAAGAGGCGCAAUGUCACCCACUAGCAGCCUCCGCCCGCUCCCUCCCCUCCCCCAUCCCUCCAUGUCACCCAACCUCUUCACUGGGGGUAUUGAAGCAGGGAAGAGGGACAGAGCUCUGAGGAGUUUUGGGGAGAUGGAGAUGGCUUUAUGUCCUCACACUUGGGGAAAGCUGGGAUUUCACACCUCUUCACAAUUCAUUGCGAUUGUUUCGAAUUUCAACCUUCUGAAUGGAAUAGGAAAAAAAAAAAAAAAGAAACAAAUGCUUGAAA